CCCGCAAGCGUCUGUCAAAACAUUUGACUGAUUUGAUGACAAAAUACAAAAGUGAAGCUUAAAUAUGACGUCUGCCUUGUGCUCAAGGGUGAUUGUAAAACACCGGCAUUGCCUAAGGUGUUUAUAUUCAACAGACCCACAGGACACAGUUGGCCCUCCAACCAAAGCAUGGCGAUAUGUUCUCAACAAAUUCACCAAUUUUGUGACCAAAUAUGAAAAUAAAUUAGAAAAUAAAUCCCCGAAGGCUUUCAAAGUUUACAAGACCAUGAAAAGUGUGAGAUACGUUACUUCAGAUAUGAAAGACUAUGUGUCAGUUUCUAAAGAUAUGUGGUCUGGGAGAGAACUUCAUACAUUCUCAAGAAGAGAACUUGAAAUAUACCAAGAGUUUCCUAAGGACAUUACAAAGAUUGUGACAUUGCUUUUCCUGGCUGCUAUUCCAUUUAUUGGCAAUGGUUUCAUAGUUAUUGGGUAUAUGUAUCCACGACUGUUCUUCACACAUCAUCUAUGGAAUGAGGAACAAAAGGUAGAAUUUGGGCAGUAUUUUCACAAACACAAACUAUCCCACUAUCAUAAUUUACUGGAACAUUUUGAUAAGCAAGUAGAGAGACAUACAGAUGGACAGACACAAGAACAGUUAAGAAUUAUACUAGAUGAGAUUGCAUGUUCUAGCCAUCCUACUGUAGACGAACUUCUUCAAGUGAAAACACAAUUUGAGUCGUUCCCCUUUAGUGUAGAUGAUGUACCAACAGUUUAUUUUAGACAUUUAGCAUUGGUCUGUAAUUUUUCAAAAAGGCGUGCACAGCUAAAACAAGACGGCUUAAUAUUGUUACAUAUAGAUCGUGCAAUGAUGAGAGAGGGUAUAGAGAAUUUGACUGAGUAUGAAAUGUGUAAGUCAUGUUUGAAGAGGGGUCUGAAUCCAUAUGGUAUAACAAGAGAAGAGAGAAUAAAGUUUCUACAGAUGUGGACAGAGUUGUCACAACAGUUAGAUGAGAAGAAUGUGUCUUUAUUACUACAUUGCCCUGUAUUUUUAACGUAUAAUAGUGCUACAAACAUUCAGCUUAUGAAAGGCAAAAAAUAUAAGUGGCAUCGUAAAAGAGGAGGUUUAAAAUUAAGGAAAAUAUUAUCAUCUAAAGUAAAGAAAAAAGAUGGUGACAAAGUGUAGAUUGAAAUUUUGUCAUUAAAAAAAUUUUUGUGAG